AAAAUCAAGGAAAAAAACCAAAUCCAUGGAGGAGAAACGCCGCGAAGAGGCUGAUAAGACGUCAACAUGGUUGCCGCCGCCGGUUGAUAAGGCGUAUGGCGCAGGCAUAGAUAAAAGAUAAGGGCGCGGGGGACCUCAAUUUUAAAUGUUCAAAUUUUCGAACUCCUCACUCCAGUACUCCACAGUUGAUGAAUAAAUAAAUUGACUUAGUUAUGCCACAGUCCACAGUCCCACAGUUAUAUACGAUGUCCAGUUGCUGCGUCGCUUUUUUCAAAAGAUCUUACGCGACCAAAACGAAAUUAACUACCAUCUUCAACGAAGAUGUGCGUCAGAUGAUAUCGCGCGAAGAGAUCAAACCCAGGAAACAUCCUGGAAGGUGUAACCUCAACGCCAAACCUUUUCCAGAAGACUUGACCAAUGCCGUCCAAAAAACUAUCAAAGGUGGGCAGUUGAAAAACAUAAUGAGUGACAGCCAGCUAUUGUUAAACUAUCUGCACAGCAGACACAGUCCAGUUGAACAAAGUGAAAUAAUGGAAAAAAAGCAACAGAACAGAGUUGAAUUAGAAAAAAAAUAUUACAAUGAAAACAUGGACGAAGAGCGACAAAUCAAAUUUGAAAAAUUCAUCAAUAACCGUGUAGAAAAGCUUGUUGCUCAAAGGACAUAUAAUUGGAAACCAAUUGAUUACAGCAACAAACAUGUAUGCCAUCAAUACCUGCUGUCUCGCAUUGCUCCAGAGUAUAAUGUCAUAAAAACAAUAUUUAGUGAAUUACAACAGAGAGAUCCAAAUUUUGCGCCUCAGUCCCUGUUUGAUUUUGGCUCUGGUAUUGGUACAGUUACCUUAAAUGCGAAAAAUAUCUGGGAGAACUCAUUAAAAGAAUAUUAUUGUGUCGACUCUUCAUCUACUAUGAAUGAUCUGGCAAAACUUCUUUUGCAAGAGGGAAAUCCAAAUAAUGAGAAUAUAUUGCCUAAGGGUCUGUUUUACAGACAAUUUUUACCAGCAUCACCAAACUUGAAGUUUGAUCUUGUCGUAUCUGCAUACACUUUGUUUGAACUGCCAGACAUCAAAAAUCGGUUUGAGACACUUUUAAAUUUAUGGAACAAGACAAAAAAAUAUAUUGUACUCGUUGAAAUGGGAACGAGAGCUGGGUUCAACUUGAUAAACGAAGCCAGAGAUCUUCUCUUAGAAAUAUCAUCACAAAACAAUACCAAAAGUCAUGUACUUUCACCGUGCCCUCAUGAACACUCAUGUCCACGUUAUGAUACUGAUGACACACCUUGCAAUUUUGAAGUGUCUUACUAUACACCAAGAAUAGCUCAACAAUCUGUAAUCAAACGAGAGAAAUUUUCCUAUGUAGUCAUAAGAAAAGGAGAGAGGCCAAAAACAGAUGAACAAUGGCCACGCAUAGUGAGACCGGUUUUGGUACGUUCAAAGCAUUCCAUCUGUCGAAUGUGCACAAGCAGUGGCAAACUGCAAGAAAUUAUAUUUACUGCUUCCAAAAACGGAAAAUGCUCAAAAGGUCAUAAUUAUUAAGUUCUUAUUUACACACUGUAUUAUUAUAUCAAGUAUCAACAAAGUGCUCGUCAUAAGUUUGCAGAUUGUGCAUCAAAACACCUUGUAUGUUUGCAUUUUGGGAAGACAAGCGUGUGUUGUUCUAAUUUUGUGUAAUAACCACUUAGAGAUAAUUUAUCUAUUAGGGUUUUUAUCAUGGACCGUAUACUGAGUAUAAGGUCUAUGGUUUUUGUGUUUAGAAUACAAUGUUUAAAGAACUUGUUUUAAUCAUACAUUUUAAACAUCUGUUUUAAACGUUUUGUUAACUGUUUAAAACGAAUAAAAUAUAUGUUUACAGCAAUGUGAAAUCCAAGUAAAAAUUGUGUUUUCUUUCAAAAAAAUAAGCUGUAUUUUUUGUUUUCAACUGUUUUUCUGAAAUUCUUGUAGUUUUUAACCGUCUUAAAUAUACUGUUUAAAACUCAAACAUCUUGUUUUAUUUAAAACAUUGUUUUGAACAGAAAAAAACAGUUUUUUUUUCAAAAAUGAAAAUAAUUCACCAACUCUGCCUAUUAUCAAACUAAGUAAAAACAUUAUCUGUUCUUUCAUGAGUUUUUACGUUAUUUCAAUUUUUAAAGAAGUUACGAGUAUGUAAAAUAUUUGAAUAAAAAAUUACUCAUAACUCGUUUAAAAUUAAAAUAUUGUAGAAAGUCAUAAGAGAGCUCAAUGUUCUUACCUUUGAGUUUGGUAAUAGGUCACUAUUAUAAGUUUAUUACACAAAGUUGGAACUGCUGGACACAAAUUUGCUGUUGUACAUUCAUAGGACAUCAUAACACAUGCGAGUGUGGCAUUCUCUUAAAUGGUCUGCAGCACUUUAGCACUUGUUACAUUAAUUUAACAGAUUACAUCUAUCAUUAUAAACCUAAAGGAACCUACUUGUAAUCAAUCAUGUUAUUAUUAAUAACUAUUAUUAUCAUAAUAUUCAUAUUUUAAUAUUGAAAUGUUUUUCUUUCAU